AUGGCUGUUUUCCUCAUGGCGGCGGUGACCCUGCUGGCUGUGGCGUGCCCCUCGGCGGCCUUCGACCUGGGCCAGUCCACCCGCUGCGUGCCCAUCCCCAACCAGAUGAGGGUCUGCCAGGACGUGGGCUACUCCGAGAUGCGGCUGCCCAACUUCCUGGGCCACAGCAGCCUGGAGGGGGAGGUGGUGCCUCGCUCCGAGGACUGGAGACCCCUCCUGCAGACGGGCUGCCACCCCCAGGCCCAGGCCUUCCUCUGCUCCCUCAUCGCUCCCAUCUGCCUCGACACGUUUAUCCAGCCCUGCCGUAGUCUGUGUGUGGCGGUGAGGGACAGCUGUGCUCCGGUUCUGGCCUGUCAGGGCCACGCUUGGCCAGACACGCUCAACUGCAACCGCUUCCCCGCCCAGGAGGACAUGUGCCUCUCCCCCCACCCCAAAUUCAGCCACUUCACCAAAGACCUUCCCAAACCUGCCUGUCAAAGCUGCCCGUCUGUGGAGGAGUCUCCCGCCUUGAAAACGGUUCUGGACGCCUUGUGUCAGCAUGACUUUGCUGUGACUGCCAAGCUCUACCGUCGCCGCCUGCCUAUGGGAGAGCCCGAAUUCCAGGUGGAGGGCCGAGUCGAGUUCAUCCGCCAAGGCCCCCUCCUUCCAUACGACACCCAGCACCUCCUCCAGCAGUGGCUCCUCAUCAACCUGCGCUGCGCCCACACCCUGGUUCGACCCGGGCGGGCGCAGCUCUACCUGCUGACGGGCGCUGCGCAGCGCGACGGCAGCCUGGCUCUUACCCGCCUCUUCCCCUGGCACAAGAAGGACGCCAGCAUCACCGUGGCUACCCGCAAGUGGAAGCACCACAGAUGCUGA